CUUGGAAAGAGGAAUGGCUGUCUCGAAUUACUAUAAAGUACAAAGCAACACUUCUGGUAAGCAUACUCAAUUGCAAAAUUACAAGGAUAUCAUUACCAAUCCGAUUGGAAUGAUCCCAUAACAACCUGAAUUCAAACACAACGAAUAUUAGGCUCAAUAGUAAAGUAGAUGGGAUUAACAAAGAAUGAGAUCAGUCUCCUCAAAACAAGAGGAAAAAAUCAAAUACCUUUAUCUGCAGGCUGAACCAAAUUCUAUUAACCAAUAUAACAUUUAUAACUCCAACUUUGAGCAAAAAUAAUAGAUGGUGACAAACCAAGACUAUAAUUCUAAUUGGAUUAAUAACUUCAGAAACAAUAAUCAAUACAACCCCAAUAAAGGGUUUUCCUAGAAUUCUCAGAAGCGGCCUUUAGGACUUGAAGAUCAAAUAGACAUCGCCUUGAAUUAACAAAAAUAAAAUUCUUAAAGUAAACAAAAGAAAAUUGAACUUGAUAUCGAGAAGAGGUAGAAAUUCGAUUAAGGUUACUUUGAACUUUUUAAUAAUGAUAUCAAGAAUCCAAGCCAUAUGGUCCAAUUAUAAAAUUCAAGGCCUCCUUCAAAAUAGUAAGAGUAGAAAAAAGAGGAGGAAGAUUCUAUGAAUUGUACCCAGGUAUCAUUUAUGUAAACUAAAAAUUCCAAUUGCAAUUACUGCUAACAGGAUAUUUAUAAAAACAGAGUCAACUUAGUUUGCUGGCAUUCUUAUCAUAUUGAAUGUCUUUCUGAAGUUGUAGGUUCUCAAAUUCAAUUGUCUCACCAAUAGAAUGUGCUAACAUGUUCAUGCGGAAACAAAAUCAAUCAUAAAACCAUAUUUCAGUUACCUAAUGGAAAAUAACUCAUAAAGACUUUGAUGUAAAAACAAUUGAAUGCAAUUUUCAGAAAGCAUCCCAACUAAUUCAAGAAAUGUCCUAAAUGUGAAUUUCGAUUUAUCUAGGACAUUAGAUUAAGAAAAGCAUGUUAUUGCGACAAUUGCGGAUGGGAAUUCAAAAUUUAAUGA